CAGUAAUUGGUCAGGAAGUGGGCUGCUUGGAUGUUCACUCUCUCUCUCUCUCUCUCUCUCUCUCUCUCUUUCUCUCUCUCUUUCUCUCUCUCUUUCUCCCCUCCCCUCCCAGUGGGCAGUCAGUUCAGUUGUGUUUUGCUUCCAUCUGUUCCCCUCUAUCUCUCUCUCUCUCUCUCUCUCACCUCUUUCCUCUGUGUCUCUCUGAACUGAUCUCAUAGAGGGGUGGACCUCGAACCGGGCGACCUCGACACAAGCCCGACCUGCCUCUCUGAAGCCAGUCAGCGUUUCUGUGACUGCACGUUUAGUGUGAAACUUUUUGAGUGCCCGAGCUAUGGAUCUAACCUGUGAUGAGAGGACACUGGGAGACCAGCGGCCGAGAACAGGCUAGUUGUGGGGAUGGUCUCUCUGAGACGAUUACAACUACCUGCCUGAUGCGUUGCCUCCUCUUCCUGAAGUCCCGGACUCCGGCUCAGUCCUGAGCUCCGUUGACUUUCCGGCCCGCUGCCUGCGCAACCCGGCCUUCCGCUACACCUCCUCGCGCUACUGCUCCGCCCUCAGCAUGGACUCCUCUCCCGACAGUGCCGAAAGGCCGAUCAGCUACAGCUCCACCUCUUCCUCAGCAUCCUCCCGGGACAGUCACUGCUCUCUGGGCAGCCGCUCCACCCUCGUCCCCGCCCCUCACUGCAACCCGGUGACCCCGGACCGGGACUCUGGGGCGAUUCGGUUGGAACUGGUCCCCGCCCGGCAGCUGGGAUGCCAGGAGGAAGAUGACAGAAACGACGGACGAGUGGACACAGGGAGAGCGCAAGAGAGACAGAGCGGUGGACAGACUCUGACAGAACAUUCAGAGCCUGAGGUUGGUCCAGAUGGACCAGGGGAACGGACUGGCCAGGUGCAGGGACCCAGAACGUAUGUGGACCGGGUGGUGCAGGAGAUACUGGACACGGAGAGAACAUACGUCCAGGACCUGCGCAGCAUUGUAGAGGACUACUUGGAGUGUAUUAGUAAUCAGUCUCGGCUGGCCUUGAGCUCUGAGGAUAAAGGCUCCCUCUUCGGCAACAUCCAGGACAUCUACCACUUCAACAGGGAUCUUCUUCAUGAUCUUGAGAAGUGCAACGCUGACCCUGUCGCCAUCGCAGAGUGCUUCGUAUCCAAGAGUGAAGAAUUCCACAUUUAUACUCAGUACUGCACCAACUACCCACGGUCGGUGGCUGUGCUGACAGAGUGCAUGAGGAACAAGGCGUUGGCCAAGUUCUUCCGCGAGCGCCAGGAAUCUCUGAGGCACUCCCUGCCCCUGGGCUCCUACCUGCUUAAGCCAGUGCAGAGGAUCCUCAAGUACCACCUACUGCUGCACGAGAUCGCCAACCGCAUGGAGAAGGACACAGAGACCUACGAGGUUGUUCAGGAAGCCAUAGACACCAUGCAGAGAGUGGCCUGGCACAUCAACGACAUGAAGAGGAAACAUGAGCACGCUGUUCGGUUGCAGGAGAUCCAGAGCUUGCUGACCAACUGGAAGGGCCCUGAUCUGAUCGGCUAUGGAGAGUUGGUUCUUGAAGGAACAUUUCGUCUGCAGCGAGCCAAAAACGAGAGAACUCUCUUUCUGUUUGACAAGCUUCUGCUCAUUACCAAGAAACGAGAAGAAACCUACACGUACAAGGCUCACAUACUGUGCUGCAACCUGAUGCUGGUGGAAGUUAUUCUUAAAGAACCACUGAGUUUCAGUGUGUUUCACUACAAGAAUCCCAAACUUCAGCACACGGUCCAGGCCAAAUCACAGCAAGACAAGCGCAUGUGGAUCUUGCACCUCAAGAGACUCAUACUUGAAAACCAUCCGGCCAAAAUCCCUGCCAAGGCUAAGCAAGCAAUUUUGGAGAUGGAUGCAAUGCAUCAUCCAGGGUUUCACUACAGCCCUGAUGGAGACAAGAAAGAUUCCCAUCAGACCAAGGAGGGUCCAACUCCUCGUAGAGGACGCAGGAAAGAACCUCUAUCUAAAUUAUUGAAGAAUGCCAAACAGAAUGCUGCCAACACAGAUGGUGAAAAGCGAAUAAGUCUGGGUGCCACCCUGCUCUCGCCAAUGUCCCAGCUGGCUUUGGGCACCAUUGGUCGCAGCCGCAGCCUCAUCAACCAAUCACAGGAGUCCCUGGACCCUGGAGAUCAUUAUGACCACAGUGACCGAGAAGAAGAGCCACAUCAGCAAGAUGCUGAUGAUGAAGAUGACAGUGGCCUGGGGGGCGGAAAGCGCCUGCGAAUCCCUGGCAAAAGCAGUAGAAAGAGGCUGAACCCUCAGGCAUCGGUCGACAGUAUAGAAAAGUGGAAAUCCUUCAACAUGAGCUCUUCAGACCUACAGAAAGCCAGAGAAUCCCUAGUGAGGGAAGGAAGUCACCACCCACCGCUUCUCAGGACACGUCACGUAACAGAGGAGCCUCCAGACACCCCCAUUCCCUCUGUAGUAGUCACAGAAAGUGACCAUUCUGUGAGGAACAUCUGGGCCGACCACCGUGCGCGCAGGGCCAUGUUCCCCACUCGCCAGAGAACCAUGCAGCCGGAGGAUGAGGACGAGGACAUCUACCAGAUGUUUGUACCAACGGAACCAAGCGGACCAGAACCAGAGGUGCCCUCAGAGAGGUCAGGGGCCACCUCGUCCCCGAAGACAGCUCGGCCAUGCAGCUGGCACGUCGAACAGCUUCCCACUGUGCAGAUCGACCCUCCACCUGAUGGGAGCAGAGUCCUGCGGCGGGCGAGCAGUGCAGGGGAGAAGGCUACAGAGGCUCGACAGAGCCCUGCUGAUGACCAGGCUGCUCCCAGCAACUUGGAAGUGAUCCACACUGAAUCCUCCAGCAAUGAAAUAUCUGGAUCAUCCUCAGCCGAGCAGCUGACGAUAGACGAUAUUGAAAAUGUGUAUGACAACAUCAGCUAUGAGGACCUUAAGAAUAUGGGCCUCGUCAGAAGAAGCCCUGAGGAAAGCCAGCAACGGAAAGAAACGUCUGUGGAUGCACAGGGUCUCCAGGGCCAGGCAGCAAGGGUACUAAAUGCUCCAGCGGCUCCUGUGGUCACAGAGCCUAUGAUUGAACCAGACAUUUCCUCAGAUAGCAAUCGUUCCUCCACACAGGAGGGGAGGCCAUUUGGGACAUGUGAGCUUAAGAUAGUAGAGGAGAACAUCUAUGACACCAUCUGUUUCAGGGAGCCUCCAUCAACGGAGCUUAAAGGAAUGAAUAAAUGCGAUAAACUAAAACGAGAGAGCGACAGUCUGCUGGCCUCUGAACAAGACUUGACUGACAGUAUUGGAGGAUUUGUAUCCGAGGAGAGCCUCCACUUUGGAGAGGACGAAGGACCAGACGCCUCCCAUCCUGUCCCAUGUUCCUCUGAGCCAGAUUAUUCCUCCUCGUCUGCCUCCGAGAGUUUCUCUCGGCGUUCACAGAAAGGGGAUCAGAUGUCAGAGCGAGUCGAUGAGAUCUGGAACGAUCUGGAAAACUACAUCAAGAACAAUGAGAAGAAAGCUGAUAGACUCCCAGCUGCCUUCCCUGUCAGUGCCAGUGAGUCGCCUCAGAAGGCGUCCUCAGUCAAAGACAGCCAUACAAAGAGCCCCCCUGUAAUUAGUCCUCAAGCAGCCAGUUCGCCGACACAUCAGCCUAAACCCCCACCUGUCAGCUCCAUGCCGUCAUUCACCAUCCCAGUUAUAAACUUUCCUGAACCUCAAAGUGAAGGCACCACUGCAGAAGAAACCUGUAGCCCUGCUCCGACACCACGCCCCCUUCCUGUCACCCCAGAGCCCCUCCCUGGCACAGUGAAGAGCAUCCGUAACAGACUGGCACGCCUCAGCAGCGGCAGCUUCCGCCUGGAGGACGACGACCUGGUGGAGCUUCCUCAACGAAACACCCCUCAGAAGGAUCUUCCCCUCAAGGACCUUCAUAGCUUGUUUCCAGGGGAGCUGGCGGGUCUGGACUCCCCCCUGGCCUCCUCCUCUCUGCUGUUGGGGGAGUCUGUGGACUCAUCAAAGAACCGUGUGUUCCUGAUGGCACGGCAGUACAGCCAGAAGAUCAAGAAAGCCAACCAGCUGCUGCGCAUGAGGAGCAUGGACCCUGGAGACGCUUGUAGUCGGUCCAGAACGGAAAAGAAGCAGAAAGACCUGGCAGCCAUCUUGGAAGAAAAGAAACAAGGGGGUACUGCCAUAGGUGCAAAGAUAGCAGAGUACUCGCAUCUUUAUGAUCAGGUAAUGUUUAGGGAUCCUCCCGGUCCAGCUGGCCCACAUCACUCCCAUCCAGGGCUGCCGUCUUCUCCAUCCCUGCCCGAGACCUCCCUGGAGGAGGAAUGGCUCCACUCCACGUACAGCAACGGAGAGCUGGCCAGCUUCAUGUCCUCGUCCAGUGAGUUGGAUGAUGCCCGAGCGUCUUCUACCCCGCAGCGCAGACUUACCUCCGCCUGCUCCAUCCCUUCUCCCAAGAUCUCCCCCCCAUCUCCAACUACCCCACCGUCCCAGAGAUGGAGCUCGUGCAUUUCGGCGCCGUGUGAAAAAGAGGAGCAUGUGUACAGUUCCAUUAAGAGACAUCCUUCCUUUAACGCUCCGUCUUCCCCCUCCGUAAAGUCUUCCCCAUCCAGUCACUGUCAGUCACUUGGCUCUCUGGGCAGCCAGCAGCAGGGGAAGAACCAGUCUGGACUCAAAUGUAACAUAGCCACAGACAGACUUCAUGGCCCCAGUCUGGGUCGCGGUGGUCGGCAAAGUAGUCUCCCAGAGCGCUCGACCCAGGGCCAGUCGGACCUCACUUUACAUGACGGUCAACAGGUGGUGGUCCUGAACCGGGCUUCUGCACUGAGUGUACUCACCUCCACCCAGAACUACCUGGCUAAUUUUAAGGACGAUGGGGAAGAUGAUGACGACUAUGUAGAGAUCCGCUCUGAGGACGAGAGCGAGCAGGAGCAGGACAGGUUGGCAAGGCGAACCGGUAGCUCGGCAGUCCUUUCCAAUCCGAACCGGAGUCUCGUCCACUCCCACAGUCUGCCAUGCACCCCGGUGCACUCCUGCGACCCGCUGAGGUCUCUGGACCGAGAGCAUCUGGAGAAGUACCUGUGGAGCGAGCCGCAGCAGAGCCAACCCAAAAUCGGCCAGUCUUUGAGGGAGAAGUUCCAGUGUCUGAGCUCCAGUAGCUUUGCCUGAGUCUAACAAAUAAAAGCCAAAAAUAUGUAAACAUACAGCAUAUAGCAACAAAACGGACACUGCUGCUUUGCCUUGAAUGCCAUCCAUCAUUCAUCUCAAUCCACAAACGUAACACAUCUCAACAUAGUUCAGAAGUACUUUCUUUGAUUGCAGCCGUAUUUGUAAAAACUUUGGUGAAACUCACUGUUACAGAACUCCAAUGUAAAUGAUAGGUUGCUGUUAAUAGUCAAAAGCCUGCAGGUGAGUCAAAGCAAAAGUGUGCUCAGUCGUUUGUAAAACCAUUCAGUGUGACUGAAUGGUUUAAAUAUUCAAAGGAAUUCAAACUCUUUAAAUGCUUUACGUGUGCGCCUUGUAGAGAUAUUUGGAGUCAUAAUAAUCGGUUCUGCUGGAGGACUUUGUGCCAAUAAACUGUUGUACAGUUACAGUAGUUCAGGAUAUCUGUUACCAAUUGUAAGAAAUACAAUCUUGUCUGUGCCCACCGCCUCAAACCGAAGUACACGCUUCAACAGUCUGAUGAUCUUUGGCGGAUCUUGACUCGCCACGUAAGGAGUACCGCUUUCUUUUAAUUUGCUGAUAAGGUUAUUUUAACUGCUUUCUCAGCACUAGUUGAUCUUAAUGUUUUUCAUUGUGGUUACACAUCAAAAUGCUCUGAACAAGCAGCUUUACAAAGUUGCAGUUCAAAUUUGCUACUCAGGCUAGAUUGUCACUUUUAACAGCUUUUAUCAAUAAUUGUUACAAAAAGGGUGCAGCUGUAAAGAAAACAUGUUUGCUAGUAUCCAAUUGGUUAAGUACUGUACCUUUUUAAAGUUAUAGGAUUACACUCUACCUGCCACCAUGGUCAUCAAUAGGGUAUCACGCUUUUAAAUCAAGAGAAGACGCUAAUAUUUUUAGAUAAUCUAUAAGAAACCGUAGAACUUCAUAUUUAUUUGUGAUUAAAUCAGAUGGUUUUACAUGUUAUGGUCUGGAGGCAUCCAUUAUGUAAAAUGUGCAUCUCAAAAAGUGGAUUCCUUUUUAUUUUCAAAUCACACAUGUUUUAACAUUUUGUUUUUAAAGGGGACCAUGAAGGAGAACAGAACACAAUUAGUGAGAAUAUGACAGGACUGUGUUUGGUGUAUUUUGUGUUCCUCUCAAAUGGAUAGUCUGUUUUUACUUUGUUAAUGUUGGGACUCUUCCAGCUGUCACACUACUGAUUUGGCAUCUUCAGUCACGGAAAGAAAGUCACAAUGAGAUAGUUGUCAAUCACUUUAAUAAUGUUCAUACAACACGAUUGUUUUCUCUUACAGAAUUUACCACACACUCUUUUAAAAAAAACACGAAAGUUAUCCUAUUUAUUUGAAAGCAUCCCUGUUAUUCUGGCCUUCAUCACUAGUCAAGCCACCGACAAGUUGUAAAAUAAAGUAUUUAUUAAAAGAUGGUUUUAUUCAGAUUUAGGGGCGCAGACAAAAUUUGAAUAAAAUACUGUGAAUAUUUUCAGAAGUUUUCUAUCACGCACUGCUUAACAUGACAAAUCACAACAUGUGAAAAGUUAAAAAGCACAAGAUCAUGGCCUAAUGUUAAUAUCAGGAAAUAUGCAUCAAAAGCAAGUUAGGAAUAUGAAGUAUAUGUUGUUGUUUUUUCAUUGUACAUUUUGUCCCGUUUCACUGGUGGGGAUUGUCUGUCUUCAUUGACUCUUUUUUUGCACUUUUCUGUCUUUUUUACAUUUUAUUUGUAAACACUUUGUAAAGAUGUACAUUUUAGGAAAAUGAUUUGUGUAUGUAAUAGGUAUGCUUUAUAAUGGUUUAAUGUUUAAGUUAAGUAUUGUAUUUUUUUAACUGCCUAGUUUUCAUUGCUCAACAAAACAAUAUAUUGGAGGUAAUAAAUUCAGAUUAAACUCA